GCCCCUAUUGUCGAUCGAUUCUAACAAAAAUUUCGUAUUCUUGAUGUUCAUAGACGAAUCAUAGUUCAUACAAGUUGUACGAAAUGUCCUUGCAAUACAUUCUCUUAACCAUACGUCUUUUUCCUAAUCUUAUUCGCAAAAUUUAACAGCAGCGCGGUUAUUUUGACGUUGUUAUAUUGAAAACUGGAGAGCAGGUCCCUGUUUUCCCGAACCCGAAAUGGCUGCCUUGUUAGAAGUGGAACAAGCCAUAGCCCUGUUGCUGCGGACCAUAAAAUUAGAGGAUGCCAGAUUUUCUGAAGGAUCUGUGGAACUAUUACGGGAUUUCCAUCAAGUGUAUAAAGAAAGGAUAAAGCGCACCACAAAUGAUUUGGAACUGCUGAUUACCGGAGUUGCAGACCGCACCGAUUUUGUCCGAAGUAUUCGCUCGGGAUUGACUGGAUCGUUCGGGAUAUAUUCAACUAAACAGGACCUAUUAAAAAAGCUGGAAAAUUUACCGAGCAACGGCAGUGAACUUGAUGAAAUCCUGCAGGAUAAUACUCAACUGCGUAUGGCUGCCGUCUGCGAAAACGGGACAGAGAUAAUUCAAAAGAUGGAAGAGGAUUUGGUUACACUAAAUUCAGUUAGCAGUACCCUUCGGUCUGUGUGUCUUCCUGAGCCGAAAUCGAGCAUGGAGCUCGCUUCUGGUUGUCAUAUUCCUUUCUUGUCCUACGCAUCGUUGUUCGAAUGGCAGGCAAACGUGAACAUGUUUAAUUCCAGAUUAUGGGGAAGGAUCUACGAGUUGUCGCCACAGGAUUUCUCUGAUACAGCUCAUCCUGUUCCGCAUGAAAAAUGUGUGGAAUAUAACCGCCGAUGUGAUGCUGCUGUGGGCAUGAUGAAAGGAAUGGAAGAGUCCACAAUGUUAUUCCACAGCUUACGGGCGGAAACCGAAGCCACUGCAGCCGUUUGCGGGAUCCUUAAACAGCUUAACACUGGCAAACUAUCUUGGGAUCAGUUUUAUUCGGCGCAUUAUCCACAUGGCGACGCUGAUGCUGAAACCGCCGAUAGCCAGGAUCGCCAAGCGAUUCAGCUGCUCUUGGAAAAGCGAUCUGCUCUGCAGGUCCGCCUGGUUGAGAAAUUAACGGAAAAAAUAACUGCCGAAACUCUGCUGUCUAUGAUGAACGCUGUUGAACUCGCGUGGAAAGCGUAUGAUGACUCGCUGCGGACUUUGCUGGUUUACCUGCAUGUUCUGACAGGCGAACUGAAGCAAUGGGAGAACCUGGCGAUCAGGUGUGGAAAUCUAUCUUCGGGAGUGCAAGAUAAAAAACGCCGGAUCGAGUCUUUCAUGGGUCAAAUGGAAAUCGGCCUUACAAAUGAAGAUAAUGAUUCACUGGCCGCUAGGGAGCGAUGCCGCUUGCUAAAUUCGGAUAUUGAUAAAAAUAUUCGGGCAUUAAGUGCUGUUGGAUUGAAUCUGGAUAUGAGUUGGAUGAAAACCAAAGUGCUGGAAAAGAUCAAAGAUUUGAUAUAUGGUUUUCUGUCAAAGUCGCCGGUGCAAGAACACAUGAAAAUUAUGGAGCAUUUGGAGCGUCUUCUGAAUGAUAGUUGUGAAAUCAUGGGAAAUCUGCCAAAAACUUCUCCUGUGGACGUGCGACAUAGAGGACGCGACAGCUACGCUUCCGAUAUCCAGAAUGACUCCUUACUUACAUCGUCCCCUCAGUCUCAAUGACAACGUUGCUGGAGCAGAAAUUGUUCGGUGAUGCUGCAGCUGACGAAGUUUGCGACCAUUAUUUCGAAAAAGAUUGCAUAAAAGAUAUGGUACUCGUACCUAAAAGUAUGUGGCAGUAUUGGUUGUUUUCUAAACGUUUUUAGUCAGUUUUAGAUUUUAAUGUCUGUUUGUUUAUUGAUAUGAUUCGGGUUUUGAUGCAGUUAGCGUAAAAUCAUUCUGAAGUGUUUUAAAAAAAUGUAAAACACAUUAGUGCCACUAAAAUGUUUGUGUAACGCACCCGUGAUAAAGUCUAACUGAAAGUUUUUUUUA